CCCCUCGACUCCCCUCCCCCCGCACAGCCGCCAUCUUGUCGUCUUGUACGCGUUGCUCACCCCAGGAAACAACCCCCCUUACUCGCACGAUGGCAGAGAACGACGUUGAGAACGAGCUCUUGGACUACGAGGACGACGAGGAGAAUGUGGUGGCGGCCGAGGCGACGGAGGCGCCCGUCAAGAAAGAGGUGAAGGGCUCCUACGUCUCCAUCCACAGCUCCGGCUUCCGGGACUUCCUGCUCAAGCCGGAGCUGCUGCGGGCAAUCGUCGACUGCGGCUUUGAGCACCCGUCCGAGGUGCAACACGAGUGCAUCCCCCAGGCCAUUCUGGGCAUGGACGUGCUGUGCCAGGCCAAGUCGGGUAUGGGCAAGACGGCCGUGUUCGUGCUGGCCACCCUGCAGCAGCUGGAGCCCACCGAUGGACAGGUGUCGGUGCUGGUGAUGUGCCACACCCGUGAGCUCGCCUUCCAAAUCAGCAAGGAGUACGAGCGCUUCUCAAAGUACAUGCCUACCGUGAAGGUGGCCGUGUUCUUCGGAGGGUUGUCCAUCAAGAAGGACGAGGAGGUGCUGAAGAAGAACUGCCCUCACAUCGUGGUGGGGACACCGGGCCGCAUCCUGGCCCUGUCCAGGAACAAGACCCUGAACCUGAAGCACGUGAAGCACUUCAUCCUGGACGAGUGCGACAAGAUGCUCGAGCAACUCGACAUGCGGAGGGACGUGCAGGACAUCUUCCGCAUGACCCCUCACGAGAAGCAGGUCAUGAUGUUCAGCGCCACUCUAAGCAAGGAGAUUCGCCCCGUCUGUCGCAAGUUCAUGCAAGAUCCUAUGGAGGUGUUUGUGGACGACGAGACGAAGCUGACGCUGCACGGGCUGCAGCAGUACUACGUGAAGCUGAAGGACAACGAGAAGAACCGCAAGCUCUUCGAUCUGCUCGACGUGCUCGAGUUUAACCAGGUGGUGAUCUUCGUAAAGUCGGUGCAGCGCUGCAUGGCUCUGGCGCAGCUGCUGAUUGAGCAGAACUUCCCGGCAAUCGCCAUUCACCGUGGCAUGGCGCAAGAGGAGAGGUUGUCGCGUUACCAGCAGUUCAAGGACUUCCAGCGGCGCAUCCUCGUGGCCACGAACCUCUUUGGCCGUGGCAUGGACAUCGAGCGAGUCAACAUCGUGUUCAACUACGACAUGCCUGAGGACUCUGACACGUACCUGCACAGGGUCGCCCGUGCCGGUCGGUUCGGCACCAAGGGACUGGCGGUGACGUUUGUGUCGGACGAGAACGACGCCAAGAUCCUCAACGACGUGCAGGAUCGCUUCGAGGUCAACGUCAGCGAGCUGCCCGACGAGAUCGACCUCUCCUCCUACAUUGAACAGAGCAGAUGAACGUGACAACCUGGCACUGAGAAGACCGGGACCCACCCCCACCCCCCCCAUUGCCGUCGACGCCAGGAGAGCCACUCAACCUCCCUGCCCACCACCGCCACGUGUCCCUGGGAGGAGAUGGGGGCAGAGGGGGUCUUGUAGUUUGUUCGUGGUGUUGUUACGUGAGCAGUUUUUAUUCAUCCGUGCUUUUGUUUUUAUUAUCUGUCAGACUCGGCAGCCUGCGAUUUAGAGCCCUCCGCAUGAAAUCACCCCCCCCUCCCCCCAUCAUCCAUUCCCCAUUCGAAUUAACCUGGAGCUGACCAUGAUUGAGACAAAUUGGCAAAGACUUAGCGACGUACAGGAAGUCAAUUUUAUUUACGUGGUUGUAUGAUCGACAUCACCACCCACCCUUUGCCCGCGGUGAUAUGCGCCGCGGUGAUGUACCUGUGUGUGUGUGUACGUCAGGUUGAUUUAAGGUGGGGGGGGGAAAGUGAUCGGUGUUUGCCAAGGCUCGGGUUUUUUGUAGAAAUAAAUGGGAGUUUGCCCAAC